ACUUUUUCUUCGAAGUUCGAGUUGGGUGGCAUGGCUGGCUGCGUGCUCACGGACCCGUCGCUUCUCCGCCUCCUCCUUGCGUAUCAAGAUGGGCUGUACGAGGACGUGCGGGAUCGUCUCGCCGACGCCAUGUUCUGCGUACGCCUCGAUGACGACGGGCGGUACUACCACCUGCCGAACGUCGUUGAGCCUGUCUCGACCACACGUACGCUCUUCUUGUCGCUGCCGGCGUACGACUUUCGCCUCCCGGUGCAUUGGACCAUCGUCGAAGGUCAGCUGCGCCUCCUCAUGCGCGUUGCCGCCUGUCGACCUCAGCUCUUGACGCGUGAUGCGCUGUACUGCGCCGUGGCGAGCGGUGACCUGCCAAUCGUAAGCUACUUGUGCUCCUUGGAUCUCGCACCAGGACGCCUCACGGAGCCGCUUCUCGAUCUCGCAGUGUCCCACGGCAGCAUUGCGCUGCUAGAGCUGCUGGUCGGUGCCGGCUUCAGCCGCGCAAGUCCGCGCGCAGCUGCGAUUGCCGCCGAGCGCGGCGACAUGGACGUGCUUGAGUACCUCGCGUCUCGAUCAUGCGAUGUCACCCAAGCAGUGGCUACUGCAGCUGCACGUGGCUUUCUCGAUAUCAUCAUCUACUUGCACGCUCGUGGCGUCCGUGGGACGUCGCCAGCGGUCGUUGAUGGCGCCGCUAUGCACGGCCAUGCCAACGUCGUGGCGUUUCUGCUGCAGGACGGUGGGUACACCAACUCGGCGACCGCAUGGACGCUGGCCGCCAACGACGGGCACCUGCACGUGCUGCAGCUUUUACAUCAGCACGACGCGCCUCACUGCUCGAGUAACGCGAUGGACUAUGCGGCCACCGAGGGUCACUUGGAAGCUGUGACCUUUCUUCAUACGCACCGCAACGAAUGCGGCGCCACGACAGACGCGAUCGACGGCGCAAGCGCCAACGGACACCUCUCCGUGGUGCAGUACCUCUGCGCGAACCGCACGGAAGGCUGGACCCACCGCGCGCUGGACGACGCCGCCGGUGGUGGCCACCUCGAGGUCGUGGUCUUUCUCCUGCAGUGGGGGCCACCGGCCCUUAGCCAGCGCGCAGUGACGCAGGCCGCUGCCAACGGCCACGCAAUGGUGCUGCAGCACCUCCUCGCUGCACAGCUGCAAGGUGUUUCUGCGACGGCGGCCGCUGCCUGUGCUGUGGCCGAGCACGGUCACCUCGACGCGCUCCAAGUGCUCUACGCUUACCGCCAAUCCGGCUGGAACACAUCUGUGUGGUUUGCGGCCUUUGCCCACUUGGACGUGCUGACCUUUCUGCUGACGCACGCACCCGAGUGCGUCGACGCCGACGCGUCACUUGUGCCGACCGCGCUAUCCGUUCCGGUUGCGCGUUUGUUGCAGAGCGCGCUUGGACAUCAUCUCCGACUCAACUUGCGUCAGGACGACGUGGGUGUGCUGGCCCUCUUCCCGGGCUAUCCAUGGUCCGAGACGACAAUGCGGGAGGCCAUUCGCAGUGGCAAUCUUGCCAUGGUGCGCUACCUGCACGAACACGAGCACGACCAUGUGUGCAGCGCCGACCUGCUGGCGACGGCGGCGUCCGUCCCGGGCAACACGGAUGUCUUCACGUACCUCGCUGAGCACUGCGUUCGUGCGACGUCGGAGGACGUGUGGAUCCAAGCAGCGCGCCACGGCAACCUGGCUAUCCUAGAAGCUUUGCAUGCAAACCAGAGCCUUGGCGCCACACCGGCCGUGAUGGACGAGGCCGCCCGCGUCGGCGCCGUCGACGUGCUUCGGUUUCUGCAUGACCACCGACGCGAAGGCUGCUCGACGCGCGCCAUGUUUGAUGCCAUCACGUACGGACACUGGCGCGUUGUGGCGUUUCUGUGUCGACAUGGCGAGCCAGGCGUGUCGAACGAAGCCAGUUGCCGCAACAUUGAGAUCGCGAUCGAAGCGUUCGAUCCCGAGUGGACGGAAGCGCGCUUGAGCGAUGUGCUCCCGCUCUUGCUCCGGCGCCUUGACGCGCUGCGAGCCUGA